UUCCACUCCUCCCGUGCUGUCUCAUGCGCCUUUCGCUCCCGUGUCUUCUGGUUUCCACCACCGGAAAGCAGAGGGAGUAAUGAGAGGCAACCGAAGGCUCUUGGCCUUAGUGGCCAUCUUCAUCUGCAUCGCGUAUACCUCCUCUGCGCACCGCAGACAACGUAAUAAGAAUUGGAGGAACAAGAGACAAGAUCAAGUAACGGUUGUCUAUCCCAAAAAGGGCUUCUUCUACAGUACCGUUUCUUCGAACCCACAGCGGAUGAAGGACCUUAUUAGCGUCAAGGAUGGAAAACCCGCUACGAAGUUCUUCAGCCCCAGUCAAGGAGUCUAUUACAGGUACGAUCUACCCUCCGGGCAAAAUCGUAGGAAAGGAGACCGAAAAAAGGGUCCAAGCAAGCAAGAAACGCAAGAUGCGGUGAAAGCCAUCCUUCUGCGUUUGAAGUUUAACCGUCCUGCAGGUGCACAACCUGAACCACCGUCAACUGAACCUCUCCCAGCCGUGCCAGAAAUGCCUAAGAACUCCAAUGUGGAAAUCCCGACUCCCCCAGACCCCAUGUGGGCCGUGAAGCUGCCUGACAUGAAAGGAGAGCCAGAAACGAAACCAGCCGGUUUUAGAGAAGGGAAUCAGAGGCCUGCAGAUACAACGCGCCCUAAGCCAACUUUUCCUGCUUUUCCAAGACCAUCUCAAGGUCAUGGAUCACAUAGGGAAGCGAAUGUUCCAGCGCCUUCUGGAUCCAGACCUCAUGUAGCGUCUGGUACAAGACCAUUCCAUCCCUCAUUCGACGCAGUGUCUGAACCUUCAGAACCAUCUCGCCCACAUGAGAGACCAGCUUCUCUUGUGCCUUCUUUGCAAGGGCUACCUCCUCCUGCAUUUCAAGCUGUCCCACAGAAGGAACUCGCGCCGGUACUUCCAGUUCCAGCCUCACCUCAUAUUCAUCCUGUUCCUACAAAAUCAGAAAAAGUUCCUGAAGUAUUUCCUCUUCCAUCAAUUGCUGGAACUCCAGUAAAGUCUGAUUCAGCGCCUGCCAGGCGAGAACCAUUACAUCCUGCGUCUCCUACGACCAUGUUGAAGGAACCCCUGCAAAUUAUUCCAGUUCCUGUUUUCUCCCAAAUGCCAUCAUUUCCUAAGCUGCAACCCACCGUGCCAAAAGAGGUGCCAGAAGCUGCCCCUAUUUCAUUAGCUCCUGGUAUCACUUCUGAUCCAGCAAUACCUUUGAUCCCAAUCUCCUUCCCUACCUCUGCUGCAUCUGCAACAGGAGAAGCAUCUUUUGGGACCCAUUCAGAAGUAAAAUCAGCUGGCACUUUCGUUUCUUCUGCUGCAGGUUCAACAGGAACUCCUACGCCUGGACAACUCAUAAUACCAGCUGCGCAUGAACCAGCAACAGUCCACCUAGAAGGCGCAGUAAAUGCUGCUGCCCUAGAUCUCUCUAAAGCUCAGCCGACGCCACUCGACCAACUCGAUGCUGUAUUUUUGACGCCUGACGCUCCCGUCGAACAUCAGCAGCCGCCUUCUACAAAGGAAACACAGCAUAUGGUCUUUGUGGAACCAAGUGAAACUCCAACCAAUCAAGAAGCUUCUCAACCCGCUAUCGAAGACUUGAGAACGGUGGCCUUAAUUCUAGGUUUUGAUGUCGGCUCGAUAGCAAAUUUGGAUAGGCAAAGCCUAAUCGAUCUGAUCUCCAAGAAGCCCCGGGAGUUAGUUAUCGAAAAGGCCACUGAAAUAUCACAAGCAAUCGCAAAGACGGCGACUCCAGAGCCACUCUCAACCCCUCUGACAACGACAAAGAUUCCGCCUGUCCAAGAUUCUCACGUGACGCCAAUGAUACCUCAGACAACCAGAAAAGAAGAGGCCUUGGCUUCUGGAUCUCAAUCCUCCCUGCCGAUAGCUCCAGGAGUGUCAGGCCAAGAAGUUUCCCAUCUGGCGGCUGAACUACAGCCAGUUCCUCUACCUACUGAGCAAAGUUCCCAGCAAGAGCCAGCUCAUCAUCCUGAGCUCACACCUGAAGACGCUGCGGCUCUCCUAUUUACCGCAUCGCUUAUCGACCAGGGGACCCCCGAUAUGCCUGAUCCUGCGGUGCGGGAAAUCAUCAGUUUGAUCGAGCAAACCCUUCUCCAGCAAGGAAAUCCCCAUGCUAAAUUAAUUCUGGAAUCAAAUCCUUCCGUCCAGCCUCAGCAACAACAGUCACCUGCGACGCUUGACCAAACAGCCGGAACCCAGGUAGCCCAACAUCAAGGCCAAACGCAAGAGCGACUGUCCACCCUGGAAGAAGCUCAUCUACAGGGAAUCCUCAGCACUUUGCGUUCCGAGAAUCACCAUGGAUUGACGCCACAGCAACUAGAAGAGCGCCAAUUGCAACAAGCUUUGCAGCUUCUUCUGGCUACUUCUGAUCUAGUUCCUCCAGAACCAGUACCUACUAAUCCUGGUCCCCAAAGAUCUUUCGGUUUUGGACCUCAAAACAGAAUCCCCAUCGAUGAGACGACACGUCUUAGCAUCUUUCAAGAUGCAAAUAGGAAGCUUCAUCUCCAGGUCGACAAGACCAAUGGACCGAUGCCUCCACCAACGCUUCACAGAGAAAAACUCGUCAAGAAUUCUUCGGAUCCUGAGACGAGAGAAGAGCUUGUGAUCCAGUUCCAAGGAGCAAAGAUUCAAGUGAACCUAGAUGGCAUUGAAGCGGUCACAGCCGACUCGAGAAACACGACAUCGGACAAUAGCACGAAUCUCCCACCUCCCCCUCCUCGAGACCCGUCGCUGCCCCUCAUGAUCAUCAGUUCAGCAGAAUACACAAGGAACCUGUUGGUCUACUACGAUUUGAUCGAGGUGAUGGACCAUCUGUCUCAAGGAGAGCCGGCUUCGAUGACUAAUCAACAGCUGAGUGCCAUGGUCGACGCCAGCAUGUUGACUUUGACCCCGGAACAAAAACAGGCACUGGAACUGAACGGAGCCCCACUGCACCUCAGUCACGCCCAGCUGGAACAGAUGAUGUCGCACGUCCAUGAUGCCCUCAAUACCGUUCCCCUCGAUACUCAGGAACUUCGCACUAUCGCAGGCAUUCUCGGACAUUCUCCGCAGACCAUCGAACAUUUGUCCAGAGCAGACUUGGAGAAACUCAUAUCCAGAGACAUUCUCUUGAUGAGCAACGAGAUCAAGAAACUGUGAAAAUAAAUUCCUUUUGUGCGUGCGUAUGUUUGAGUUACUAGUCGUUCUGCAUGAGUGGAAAUUCGUAAGUAUAUCAUGAAUUCCGCAUCGAUACCACUAUUGUCAUGAAAAAUAUUUUCCUCUGAACUCUUUGAAGUCUCUGAAGUCCUUUCUUUCCAUUGCUUUCCUACCGGAACGUAUGACGUUCGCAGUGGCAAGACGAUUCAUGUUGGGUCGGGGGAAAGGAGGAAUAAAGACGAUAUGUGGCAACUCGCAGGC